GACUAAAUUUCUUUACACUUAUCAACCAGGUUGAUACCAACAAAAUCUAUUGUACUCCUCACUUCCGUGUCAUCAAGUCUACAUAGAAGAAUAGUCAGGGCGUUCAAGAUAUCUCUCGAUCAUUCAUCAUGGCAUCAGCAAGUGAUACGUUGAGUUACUCAGAGCCUGGAUACACAAGAUCAGUCGACAGAGCCAAGUUUCCAUUCUAUCUACCGAAUAUUGAUGCAAAGCUCAUUCCUGAGACAAAACAACUGUUAGAAAAUUAUAGUCAUAUUCCACUAGAGGAACAAUCCAAGCAUGUUCAUGAGAUCCGUGACCAAGCUUGGGAUAUUCGCGCGUACCCUUGCACUGGAGUCGGUGCAUGGCUUGUACCUCAACUUUGCCGAAACCCUGUGUAUUCUGAAAUCCUGAAGCGGGUUCAAGCCGGUGAGACAUUAAUGGAUGUUGGAUGUUUUCUUGGACAUGAUCUUCGACGAUUAGUCUACGAUGGCGCACCCUCGGAUAAAAUUUAUGCUAUCGAUAUCGUGAGCCAUUGGGAUGUGGGAUACAACUUAUUCCGCGACCGUGAUCGAUUCUCUGCGCAGUUUAUCGAAGCGGAUAUCGUGUCCGAGUCGGAAGCAUUGGCGUCAUUGAGAGGCCAAGUAGAUGUUAUUGCAAUAACGCAGGUGAUUCAUCAGUGGGAUUGGGGAGGACAAAUUGAAGCAGCCAAACAGCUGAUUAGAUUUACCAAAGGGCCUGGCUCGAUGAUUGUAGGAAAUCAGAUUGGAAACCCCAAAGCACAAGAAGUGACUUUGAAGUCGCUCGUCGUUCCUAUGUGGAGACACAACCCGGAAUCUUUUGCCAAAUUGUGGGAUCAGGUUGGACAGGAGACGGGGACGAAGUGGGAAGCUCAGGCGUGGAUGAGGUCCUUUGAGGAGAUGGCUUUUGGUGCUAAAGACGGUGCUUGGAUGGAGGAAGGAGUGGCGAUUAUAGAGUUUGCUGUGAAGAGAAUCGAGUAGAAAUAAUGCUCUAAAACUUGGCAUUUAGUAGGUUAGAAAAAAACAAUGUCAUCUCGAAAGAUUAACAGGCACUUGAGAAACUGAGUUCGUAGUUGCCUUUCAAUACCACUCCGUUGUUCCAUAAGUGUAGAAUAAAACAGUAAUACAAUGAAUCGACA